AGUCUUGAUGUAAGUCUUAAAACUUGGAGUUACGCAAUGGACAGAUAAGAAAGGCGGCAACAGAAAAGUUUCGCAUCUGUUUUUCUGCAGUGUUGAUCCGUCAGUACAUUUGGAUUCCCAAACACUAAGCAGAUGUGGAGGAGGCGCGUGCUGUAUACCUGUGACGACGCUUCAUGAGAUGAUCAUCACUAUCACUGCGUCUCAGCCCUAUCUCUACAGUACCUCUCUAUACGACUACUACAGAAACGGCACACAUUUACCGGGAUUUCGGACGAUUUGUGACAAACGUCGUUAACGCUGAAGCCUUGAGGGUGAGAGGAGGGAGGACUGUUUAACUUUUUAGUGAAGAAGGGUGAGACAGCUGUGUUUGUGAGUACCGGAGAAGGAAGUCUCAAAGGACAGCGUGAGCGGAUUACUGUUCCCCUGAGGUGGAGGGGUGAGUGGCGGUCCCGUUUGACUCACCCCUCCUGAUCACACUGCUGAUGCUGAAGAUGCUGAACCACGGUGCUGGAUUGCUCUUCUUGCUACUGUCGUGUAUUCUGUCCACUUUGUGGGGUUAUCCCUUUAAACCUCCACUAGACCUGGAUGUGACCCCUAGGACUACAGUCCUCUCCAAUGGGCUGUUGGACUGCAGGCGUUUCACAGGCUUGGCAUUGAACUACAGUUUAUUACUUUUGGAGGAGGAGGCAGGCAUGCUGUACGUGGGAGCAAGAGGGGCUUUAUAUGCCCUGCAGGCUAGUGACAUCUCCAGCAGCUCUCUGCAAACUAUUGACUGGGAGGCGUCAGAUGAUCAGAAGCAACAAUGCUUAAACAAAGGGAAAGACAACAAGACUGAGUGCUACAACCACAUACGAUUCCUGCAGAGGUUUAACAACACACACUUGUACACUUGUGGUACACACGCUUUCAGCCCUCUGUGUGCACACAUUGAUGUAAGGGAGUUUAAGAUAUCAUCGGCUUUUGAAGAGGGCCGAGAGAAAUGCCCAUAUGACCCCACUAAAGGCUAUACCGGCCUGCUGAUUGAUCAACAGAUGUACACAGCAUCUCAAUAUGAGUUCAGGAGUUUUCCAGAUAUUCGACGCAACUCUCCAAGUCCCACUCUGAAAACAGAGGAGGCUCCCACUCAAUGGUUACAAGAGGCUGAUUUUGUGGGCUCAGCGCUGGUGAAAGAGAGUUUAAGUAGCUCAGAUGGAGACGAUGAUAAGAUUUACUUCUUCUUCACAGAGAAAAGCCAAGAGCUUAGUCCAUACUUCAGUCACAGCAGAGUAGCAAGAGUUGCCCGUGUGUGCAAGAGAGACAGAGGAGGUCUUCUAACCCUACAGAAAAAAUGGACAUCCUUCUUAAAGGCACGGCUGGUUUGUUCUUUACCUGACUAUGAUUUUCACUUCAAUGUGCUGAGGAGUGUGUUUCUAUUGGAAGGCUCCAGCCCUCAGGACUCCGUUCUCUACGGCAUCUUCGGCUCAGAAUGGAAAAAUGUCAAAGCUUCUGCUAUCUGCCAGUACUCCAUGUCGGACAUCCAGUGGGCCUUUGAUGGGCCUUACAUGGAGAGCAAGGAGGACUCGAGCUCUAAAUGGACCCAGUACACGGGGAAGGUGCCGGAACCGCGACCUGGCUCGUGCAUCACAGAUCAACUUCGAGCAAGAGGCAUCAACUCAUCCACCAACCUCCCAGAUGAUGUCCUUCACUUUGUCCGUCGCCAUCCGCUCAUGUACAGGCAGAUCCUUCCACAAGGACAGCGCCCCCUGCUGUUUAGGAGGAACGUGGAUUACACUAAAAUCGCCGUACACAGAGUGACUGGUCUAGAUGGUCAGAUAUACGACAUGCUCUUUAUUGGGACAGAUGAAGGUUGGCUCCAGCGAGCUGUGAAGGUCAAUGAUCAACUACACAUUAUUGAGGAACUACAGUUGUUUGAAGAACCACAGCCAGUGGAAAGUAUAGUCAUCUCAGAGAAACAGAUGAGUGUGUAUGUCGGUUCGCCCACCUCAGUGGUACAGCUGCCUUUGUCCACAUGCAAAAGAUAUUCCUCUUGCUUCGAAUGCGUCAUGGCCCGUGAUCCCUUCUGUGCUUGGGACGGACUGAAGUGCGUGGAGAUUACAUCGCACAACACUAGGGACAAUUUGACGCAAGACAUUCUGAAUGGAAAUAAGGGCUGUGAUGAAUCUACAGCAGAUGAUCUAGUGUUACACCGGUCUCGCUCCGUGAUGGUGGGCGAUGACGUGCUGCUUCAGUGCGAGCUCAGCUCCAACCUGGCAACCCCUGAGUGGACGUUGAAUGAAAACAAAUUGCAGGGUUACGGGUUGGACUCCGGCUAUCGCAUUGGCACCGACGGUCUUCUGGUCAUCGAGGCACGUCCUAACCAGGGCGGUAACUACUGCUGCUUCGCCCUGGAGAACGGCCUUCAUGUUCCUGUUGUCAUCUACACCCUGACUGUUCGUUCGGGGCUGCCACCUCCUCCACCCGUGAAGCCAACGCAGUCGCACGUGACCACAGCGAUCCUCUGGAAGCCCCGGACAACCCAGAGCAACUCCGUGGAGGACUUCAAUCCCACCCCACUAUCUCCUCGCUUCGAGUUCCUGUCUCUAAAAAACAUGGAGGCCAUGUAUCUUUCCCUCAUCAUCAUUUUAGGAGGAUUGUGUCUGGUUCUAACAAUCGUUCUUGUUUACGUGGGAUUCUGUUUGCAAGGGCGGAAAGGUAAAUACUCUCUACGGUCGGCCGCUCGUGCUGAAAAGAAGAGAGGUGCCCACAUGGAGCUCAAGACCAUCUCUAGCCACUGCAAUGGCAAAGCUGACACUCACGACGGUCUGCUGCAGAUCGUUCCUGGAGAAGCUCCAACAUCGCCCAAUAAAGAUCUCCCUCCUGCUCCACCUCUCCCGCCACCUUCUUCAGAGUCAGAGUUUGUAAACGGACUGACUGCCACCCUGCCCAAUGUCUUACGCAAGAUGAAUGGCAACAGUUACGUGUUACUCAGGCAGACCGAUGGAGACACAACGUCUCCUCUUUAUUACUCCUUCACGGAGGAACUCAACAAGAUCCUGGAGAAGAGGAAGCACACGCAGAUAUGCAGUAAACCUGAUGAGAGCUCAGUAUGAACAUUGAGGGCAUAGGUUUGCGUUUUGUCCGCUGGAUUCAUGCUUCACCCAAACUGGAUACUAAUGAGCGGACGAAGCUCCUUUUAUUGGACGAUAAACAAAGCGUCGCUAUUCCUUUAAAAGGAACGCUCCCUCCCCGUUUACAUUUCAAAUAUUGAGCUUUUGACUUUCACUGGGAGGAGUAUCCGCAGGUCACAAAGUAGCAAAGGCUGCAACACAUACAAUGGACGUUCUACCUCAGCAGAACCUAUUUCAGCAUACUUAUGUUAGUAUUUGGGUUUGGGGCGAGGGAAUAGAGCGAAUGAUUCACUGCUUUGUAGAACAUACAGUAAGAAACUAGGCAGUUUAAUUCUGCAAAAUGAGGCGUCACACUUGUACAAAAAAAGCCACUUUAAAAGUGCUGUGGUGCGCUGAAUGUCUUUACGUAGGACUUUUAUUUGAAUAUUUUCUCACCAUAUCAGUUUUGGCCUCUAUUAACAAAUUAACGGAUAAAACAGAUAGGGAAAAUGAAAAAUGCACUUGAUGGUAUUAAUAGCGUGAUAAAAUUGGGGUCUGGGUGGGGAACAUGGACGAUUUAGACAGUAUUACCACUGGGACGCACUUUAUGUAGCAUUUGUUUGUGUAAGAUGCUGCUGAAAAUGCUGUGAAAUGUGUGCAGAUCUGUCCACUGUUGUGCAUGCAGAAGAACUGACCACCACCGGGUUGUUUGUUGGACUUCAUCGGAAUUCCAGCAUCGUCACCUGCUGGGUUGCUACGGCAACCACAGAGCAGAGGUAAAUCGGAUGCUGACCUUCCAAGAUGCUUUUGACACCACCAGUUAUUACACCACCACAUCUUACAGACCUUACAGUGUUACUAAUAUUGGGAACUAGUAAUGUCUCUAGUUCCCAACAGGAACUAGUAAUGUCUCUAUUCGGGACAUGAUGAACUAUGAGUAUUGUGAUGGGUUUAAUUAUGCCUUCAUGUCCAGUGCGAAUUUAAUUGUGUGAAUGGAACUGAUCCAGCCCACACUUGCGUGCAAGAGGACUUUGGCGAAUCUCCCGCUGCUUAAAAAAAGCAAAGCACCUGGAUCUAGCUGUUUAGAUCAGAAUAUGCAGAUUGCAGUGAAGCCGAAUGGAGAACAUUAAGGCCACAUGUUCGGUACGGAGCUGAGAUGAGCAAUGCUGAUAGUGUACUUUGUUUUCUUCUCUCUGUUCUUCACGUUUUUUCUUUUAAUCUAUGUGCUUACGAUCUCUGUUUUUGUGUUGUUGAAUGAUUCUGUCAUGUUUUUCAGGAAUGGACUACUCUCUUCACUUUCUGAAGAUUCUUUAAAAUAAAGGACCAUUCAGGGACGAUAUUAGUCACUGAUAAAAUUUUAAUUUUUGGAUAACUUCGAAAAAUUCAUUUUUUUUAAUAUGUGGGUUCCCUUGGAUCAAACCCAUGACCUUUGCGUCGCUAACACCAAGUGAGCUACACUACACACCGCCCUACUUGUUGUUUUCCUCAUCUUUUCUGAAUCCUCCUUCCACUUUUUUGUUAUUUCCGUUCGACAAAUGGCUUUCAUGUCUGUGCAUACAUCUCCAUCCUAUUGUCUAAUAAGAGCCGAAUGAUCUCCAUACAGAUCUGACCUUCGCUCUCCCAGCGGGUCACAGUCUGUGAUGAGAUGCUUGUCGCCAUACAGCUCGUACGGUCUGUUCCUGCCAUGUUUACAUCCCCGUGAGUCUUAUAUUCCUGCGAGAGGGGCUCUGUGCAAAUUCUUCUAACAUGCCAGGACAGGUUUGUGGAUGAGAUGUAUCUCAACUAUGGGCCCCAUUGAGAGCGAUUUUACGGGAUGCUAGAGAGAAAGAGAUGGAGAAAGGGAAAAUAAGAUCAAAAGAGAGCCUGGAGAAUGCAUGGAAAUAGUUUCAAAAUUGUCAUUAUCUCUUUUCUUAUGUCUCAUUUAAGGUAACUUCUCAGCAAAUAUGUGACAGAAUGGCAUAUGAUAUCUUUGACACUGUAGAGUACACUGUAAAAAGAAAAAAUUACUUUAAUUGGUAACUUUAAGUGAAAAAAGUUUAAAAUGUUAAAAGGUGUUUUUUUCACUUAAAGUGAGAAAAUUUAAGGUUAUAAAAGUUUUAUAAAAUGUUAAAAUAAAAUAAAAACAUUACUGGUGUGCAUCAUGAGACAAAUAGCACAUAUAUAUGUUAAGAUAUGUCAGUGCAAGCUGUUUUAAGUUAAACCGGCCUGUACACUAUGUCAUCACAUAGGCAUGGGUGAAUUGUUAUUGAUUGAAUGUUACAUUGGUUUUGUUCAUCCAAAAAUGAAAAUUCUGACAUUGUUUACAACCCUCAAGUUGUUCCAAACCUGUAUUAAUUAAUUUGUUCUGCUGAACACAAUACUAUAAUUUGAUAAAUGUUUGUAACAAAGUAGAUCUGGGGCACCACUGACAUUCAUAGUAGAAAAAAUGAUAUAAUGGAAGUCUAUGGUGCCCCAGAUCUGUUUGCUUACAAAGAAAUGUAUACGAGUUUGGAACAACAUGAGGGUGACUAAAUGAAGACAGAUUUUACAUUUUGUAUGUGUCCUUUUAAAGCCCCAUUUACUAUUGUCAAUAUGAACUAAAUACCCGAUGUAUAAUUACAUUGUUUGUUUUUAUUGGUUUUAAUUUGGUCUCUUUAGCGAUGCAAAUUUCUUCCAUCAUAUAGAUGUGUUUAAAAAAACACAUUUCAAUUGAAAUAUUUAUUUUGCAGAUUUGUACAGUUUUGUGUAUAUUUAUUUUCCUAUGUAUCAAUUUUUUUUGUAAAUCAUAGUUGGAUUCUAGAUCAUGGCUUGACAUUUACUGUAGCUAACAUCUUUGGAUCUAAAAAAAUCUGUAAUUUAAUUAAAGAAAUAUAAUUGCACCCUUAUAUGAUUCUUAUGUGCCCAAAUGUCAAAAUAACAGGACACAACAACUGUAUGUUACAUAUUUCUCUGCUUGUGUACAUUAUAAACUGUGACAAUGUCUGUAAAAUCCAGUUUUAAGUCUCAUUAUCAAAGUUUGAUUUCAAUCAUUGAUGGUUUUACUUUAAUUUCAAUCUUUUACGUGGAAUUACUCAGUCAACAUUUAAGAUAUCAAUAUUAAAUUUUCACAAAAAUGUUCUUUAUAUUUAGGAUCAUUUUAUCUAGAAAACAGUAAAUCACAAUUGUUAAAUCUAUCGCACUGCAGACCACGUCAGUCUCAGAUCCAUCAGUACAGAGUUGUAUGGCUCUUCAUCUGUGGGUAGGAUUGUGUGGGUUGCCUCUUAAAGUGCAUAUAAUAAAGCUGCUUAGACCUAUUCCUGUCACCAUGGUGAAAAAGUCCAUCUAGAAAUGUUAUCAAUUCACUUAAUGUUUAAUUCACUAUUGCUCUCUAUGUGAGAAAUAUUCUCAACCAUCUUGGCCUGUGCUUGUUCAAUAGUCAAAGCCCAAGAUAUAUACUCAAUAUAUCUCUCUCUCUCUCUCUAUCCGAGGGCAAGAUGUUUUCCUGUUUCAUUAACACAGUAAUACCACAGGGACGUUAAUUGCUGGGGAUGCUGAGAAUUCAUUGCUACCCAAUAUACUCAAAAUGGAAACCUGUCUGUUGGUUUGUUUACACUUUAUCGAGUUAAUACUUUUAAAACAGUAUUAAGGUCUAUGUUAAAGUUCUCUUUUUAUUUGGCAUUGUUUUUAUAUGAACUAACUGCAGAGAUCCAAAUGUGUUUUCAUGUACUUGUUUUGUAAUAAACUCAACAUGACUCA